UAAGGGGAAGGGUGGGGGGAAGCUUCCGGGAUCUUGGGGGUUAAAAGGGAAGGUCUGGCCAGGGGUCCCUGGUCAGAGAAUCGUUUGCAGCCCUCACUGCAGGGCAAGAGACACUUCUGAGUCUCCUCCUUUCUUCUUACUGGCGACUCUCAGUCCUCCACUCUAGCCUCUGCAAGCCAGGUAUCAGCUAUGAGGGUCCCGCUUCUUCACCUCUCCUCUGCCUCUGGCUCCUUGUCCCUGGUGAAGCUGCUGCUGCCGCUACUGAUGGUGCAACUCUGGGCGGCUCAGGCUCUGCUGCUCCCGGGAAACGUCACGCAAGUGGACCUCGAGGACUCCGGCGCCCUGUGCACGCGUGACUUUCAUCCCUGGCAGGUCUCCCUCUUCCAUAACCUCCAGUUCCAAUGCGCGGGUGUCCUCGUGGACCAGAACUGGGUGCUCACAGCCGCACAUUGCUGGAGAAAUAAGCCUCUGAGGGCUCGAGUCGGGGAUGACCACUUGCUGCUUUUCCAGAAGGAGCAACUGCGGUCAGCGAGUUCCCCUGUUUUCCACCCCAAGUACCAGCCUUGCUCAGGCCCCAUCUUGCCACACCGCUCAGAUGAACACGACCUCAUGAUGCUGAAACUGAGCAGUCCUGUGAGGCUGACGUCCAGCGUGCAUCCUGUGCAACUGCCCUUUCGGUGCUCUCAGCCAGGGUCUCAGUGCCAGGUCUCAGGCUGGGGGACCACCUCCAGCCGAAGAGUGAAGUACAAUAGGAGCCUGAGCUGUUCCAGGGUCACUCUCCUUAGCCAGAAGCAGUGUGAGACCUUCUACCCAGGUGUGAUCACCAACAACAUGAUUUGUGCUGAGCCGGAUGGAAACCAAGACUCUUGCCAGAGUGACUCCGGUGGCCCCCUGGUGUGUGACGACACCCUGCAUGGCAUCCUCUCAUGGGGCAUUUACCCAUGUGGUGCUGCCCAGCACCCAGCUGUCUACACAGAUGUCUGCAAACACACCACCUGGAUCCGAAGAACCAUUCGUUCCAAAUGACCGGCUUCUCAUACCCUUUAUCCCCACUCCAUCUGUCUGCCCCUCUCCUCCUUUCAUGCCUGCCCACACCUCCGAGAAUGUACCCUCUUCCCUCACCCCCUGCCCACCCCUGUUCUCUGCUCAUAAAUGCUCCAACCUGGGCAAGUAAGAUGACUCAGUGGGUGAAGACACCAAAAUGAAGCCGGUGAAGAAGUCAAAAUGGCGGCUGAGAAAGUUCAAGUACCCCAAGGAAGCUGGCAGUCCCCGAGUCUCUAAGAGAAGUUACCUGCCAUUCAACCUGGCUUCCUCUACCUCCCUCCUCUGUGUGACUGGGACAAGCCUGGUAAUCUCUCUCUCUCUGAGCCUUGGUUUCCUUGUCUGAAAAAUGGGGACAAUGAAUUGUCUACCUCUUACAUAUGUUGUAUGGAGACUAUGAUGGAACGUGCCUGUGUGUAUGUGUGUGCAUGUUUAUGGUAACUGUCACAGAAACAUGAAUACCAUCUGGUUAUUGCUGAUUAAACACUACCCAAUCUGA